UUAGCUCCAGUUCGACCUCCUCACUCUCCGGAAACCCUCUCAAAGUUCAACCGGAAAAAUUUUUUCGAACCUGAAGGUUUUCUCCUCACUUGAGUUUCUCAAUCAUUCAAUUGAGGUGUUUUACACAGUGUGGGAAUGGGUUCAACAGGCCAACCACCCUCCCUCAAGAGACGCGACUCAUCUGUGAACAAUAGAGAGGAGGAUCGUCUAAUUGUGACCCCACUUGGAGCUGGAAAUGAAGUGGGUCGUUCUUGUGUCUUCAUGUCCUAUAAAGGCAAAAACAUACUGUUCGAUUGUGGAAUACACCCUGGUUAUUCAGGUAUGGCUGCUUUGCCAUACUUCGACGAGAUUGACCCUUCCACGGUGGAUGUACUUCUCAUUACUCACUUUCACUUGGACCAUGCUGCAUCACUCCCUUACUUCUUACAAAAGACGACAUUCAGAGGUCGGGUAUUCAUGACCUAUGCAACAAAGGCUAUCUACAAGCUGUUGCUAUCAGAUUACGUAAAAGUGAGCAAGGUUUCUGUUGAAGAUAUGUUAUUUGAUGAACAGGACAUCAACCGAUCCAUGGAUAAAAUUGAGGUUAUUGAUUUCCAUCAAACAGUAGAAGUCAAUGGCAUUCGGUUCUGGUGUUACACUGCAGGCCAUGUCCUUGGUGCUGCUAUGUUCAUGGUUGACAUUGCUGGUGUUCGAGUGCUCUACACUGGGGAUUAUUCCCGUGAGGAAGACCGGCAUCUUCGUGCUGCUGAGACCCCCCAGUUCUCACCUGAUGUAUGCAUCAUUGAAUCCACCUAUGGUGUGCAGCACCAUCAACCUCGACACACAAGAGAAAAACGCUUUACUGAUAUCAUCCACUCAACAGUUUCUCAAGGGGGUCGUGUCCUGAUUCCUGUAUUUGCCCUUGGUCGUGCUCAGGAGCUUCUCCUGAUUCUUGAUGAAUAUUGGGCCAACCAUCCUGAACUCCAGAAUAUACCCAUCUAUUAUGCUUCUCCCCUUGCGAAAAAGUGUUUGACUGUUUAUGAGACAUACACCCUUUCCAUGAAUGAUAGGAUCAAGAAUGCAAAGUCAAACCCCUUCUCUUUCAAGCACAUAUCAGCAUUAAGUAGCAUAGAUGUUUUCAAAGAUGUUGGACCAUCAGUAGUGAUGGCAAGUCCUGGUGGGCUUCAGAGUGGGUUAUCACGACAAUUAUUUGACAAGUGGUGCUCUGAUAAGAAAAAUUCAUGCAUUUUACCUGGUUAUGUGGUUGAAGGUACUCUUGCAAAAACCAUCAUUAGUGAACCAAAAGAGGUUACUCUCAUGAAUGGGCUUGCUGCACCCCUCAACAUGCAGGUGCACUACAUAUCCUUUUCUGCUCACGCUGACUCUGCUCAAACGAGUGCAUUCUUGGAAGAGCUCAACCCUCCCAACAUAAUUCUUGUUCAUGGAGAGGCUAACGAGAUGGGAAGGCUCAGACAGAAGCUCCUCACUCAAUUUGCUGAUAGAAACACCAAAGUCCUUACUCCAAAGAAUUGUCAAUCUGUUGAAAUGCAUUUCAAUUCGCAGAAAAUGGCAAAAGCCAUUGGAAAACUGGCUGAAAAAACCCCGGAAGCUGGUGAAACCGUCAGUGGUUUGCUUGUAAAGAAAGGCUUUACAUAUCAGAUAAUGGCACCCGAUGACCUCCAUGUCUUCUCGCAGCUAUCAACAGCAAACAUCAUGCAGAGAAUAACCAUCCCCUAUUCUAGUGCCUUUAAUGUCAUAAAGCAUCGGCUCAAACAGAUAUAUGAGAGCGUAGAGUCUUCAGUAGACGAAGAAUCAGGAGUACCAACGUUGCAAGUCCAUGGUCGGGUGACAGUGAAGCAUGAGUCUGAGAAGCACAUCUCCUUGCAUUGGACAUCAGAUCCCAUUAGUGACUUGGUAUCAGACUCAAUUGUGGCUCUGGUUUUAAACAUCAACCGUGAGGUGCCAAAAAUAAUGGAUGAAUCAGAGGCUUCUCAGAUCGAGGAAGAGAAUGAAAAGAAGGCAGAGAAGGUCAUGCAUGCACUCCUUGUUUCACUCUUCGGAGAUGUUAAGGUUGGAGAGGAUGGGAAGGUAGUAAUUAACGUUGAUGGUAAUGUUGCCAAGCUUGAUAAAUUAAGCGGGGAAAUUGAAAGUGAAAAUGAAGGCCUCAAGGAAAGAGUAAGAACAGCAUUCGAGCGGAUAAAAAGUUCUGUCAAGCAAAUUCCUCUUUCUGUGCCAUAGUUUUUUGGCCCCUCGAUUUCCUUCUUUUCUCGCAAAUGUUACUCGGAUCCUUUAUGUUUUAAACUCUUCAUUUGAUGUCAAUUUUAGAGAUAUAGAUACAAUGCGAGGUUCAUCACUCAAUUGAGUUCCAUGGGUUUAAAUGAUUUCGCUUAGCUCUAUAA